AUGCGCCGCUACUCGCAGCUGCCGGGCGCCGGCCGCCAGGACACGCUCGCCGACCGCGUGCACCGCUACCGCGGGGUGCUGCUCGUAGUGCUCGCGCCGCUCGCCCUCGUCUCGCUCGUGCUCCUGCUCAUGCCGCGCGCGCCCGCCGGGGCCGCCCAGAGGCCCCUGGGAGGAGGGGCCGGGGCCGCCGGGGGUAAGAAGUACGCCGUCAUAUUCGACGCCGGCAGCUCCGGCAGCCGCGUCCACGUCUUCUGCUUCGAUGGCAACCUGGAUCUGGUCCACAUUGGCACCGACAUCGAGCUCUUCGUCCAGAAAAAGCCUGGACUUAGCGCGUACGCCCAGGACCCGCGCGAGGCUGCUCAAUCGCUCGUCUCCCUCAUUGAGAAGGCCAAGGAAGUUGUUCCGGCCGAAUUGCGCGACCAGACGCCUGUUAGAGUUGGGGCAACAGCAGGGCUAAGAGCUUUGGGAGCAGGAAAAUCCGAAGAGAUUUUGCAAGCGGUUAGGGAUCUUCUUCGUGAAAAGAGUUCAUUCAAGAACCAGCCGGAUUGGGUCACAGUUCUUGAUGGAACUCAGGAAGGUGCAUAUGAAUGGGUUACCAUUAAUUAUCUGUUGGGAAAUCUGGGAAAGACGUACGCAGACACAGUUGGUGUGGUUGACCUUGGCGGUGGAUCUGUCCAAAUGGCGUAUGCUAUCCCAGAGAAGGAUGCUGAAAAGGCUCCUAAACCAGCAGAUGGUGAAGAAUCAUACGUGAAGAAGCUUUUCCUUAAAGGGACAACGUAUCAUCUUUAUGUCCACAGUUAUUUGCGCUACGGAUUGCUGGCUGCUAGAGCAGAGAUCUUAAAAGCUGGCAAUGCCAAUGGUUACAGCAACUGUGUAUUGGCUGGACAUCAGGGGCAAUACAAGUAUGGUGGCAAUACAUUUGAAGCAUCGGCUGCACCUUCUGGCAGUAGUUUUUCGGAAUGCAGGGCUGAUGUAGUGAAAGCUCUUAAAGUAGAUGAAGCAUGCACUCACAUGAAAUGUUCCUUUGGUGGCAUUUGGAAUGGUGGUGGUGGUGCUGGCCAGAAGAAUCUCUUUGUAGCGUCGUUUUUCUUUGACAGGGCUGCCGAGGCUGGUUUCAUUAACUCCAAUGCGGCUGUUGCCAAGGUCAAACCCUCAGACUUUGAGGAAGCUGCCAAGCGUGCUUGCAAAUUGAACGUGAAUGACGCCCAAUCUAGCUACCCUGGUGUCCAGAAGGAUAACGUUCCAUACAUUUGCAUGGAUCUUGUGUACCAGUACACACUGCUUGUGGAUGGAUUUGGUGUUGAUCCCCAACAAGAGAUGACAUUGGUAAAGAAGGUUCCUUACAGCGACGCGUUUGUGGAAGCUGCGUGGCCACUCGGAAGUGCCAUCGAGGUUGCAUCUUCAUCAUAG